AACGAACGGCCGCGGAGGGUGCUGGGGGCGGCGCCGUUGGUGCAGGGGGCGGCCGGGGGACGGUUGGCGAGGGCUCUGUGCACCCGGGAACCCGACCUCUGCGCCCCGAGGAAGAUGAGCGAGGCGGACCAGGCCCAGGUGGGGCACACGGCUGAAGAGCCCUCGCUGUCCCCAGAGGAGGAGGGCGAAGGGGGCGGGAAGGAGCCGGCGACCGAAGCGGCCCCCGGGCCCAGCGCCGCGUUCCGCCUCAUGGUGACUCGGCGGGAGCCGGCCGUGAAGCUGCAGUACGCGGUGAGCGGCUUGGAGCCACUAGCCUGGUCUGAGGACCACCGGGUGUCCGUGUCCACGGCCCGCAGCAUCGCCGUGCUGGAGCUUAUCUGCGAUGUGCACAACCCAGGCCAGGACCUGGUGAUCCACCGCACCUCGGUGCCCGCACCCCUCAACAGCUGCCUCCUCAAAGUUGGCUCAAAAACAGAAGUUGCUGAGUGCAAAGAGAAGUUUGCUUCCUCAAAAGACCCCACCAUCAGCCAGACUUUCAUGUUGGACAGGAUGUUCAACCCUGAGGGGAAGGCAUUGCCCCCAAUGCGGGGUUUCAAAUACACUAGCUGGUCUCCCAUGGGUUGUGAUGCGAAUGGCAGGUGCCUCUUGGCAGCACUGACCAUGGACAAUCGCCUGACUGUGCAGGUGAACCUCAACAGACUGCAGUGGGUUCAGCUGGUUGAUCUGACUGAGAUUUAUGGAGAACGUCUUUAUGAGACCAGUUAUAGACUCUCUAAAAAUGAGGGUCCUGGGGGGAAUCUUGGAGAUUUUGCUGAGUUUCAGAGGAGACACAGCAUGCAGACCCCAGUCAGAAUGGAAUGGUCAGGCAUUUGUACCACUCAGCAAGUCAAGCACAACAAUGAGUGCCUGGAUGUGGGCAGUGUGCUCCUGGCUGUCCUCUUUGAGAACGGGAAUAUAGCUGUGUGGCAAUUUCAGUUACCAUUUGUGGGGAAGGAGUCCAUCUCUUCAUGCAACACCAUUGAGUCAGGAAUCAGCUCCCCUAGUGUUUUGUUUUGGUGGGAAUAUGAGCACAAUAGUCGGAAAAUGAGUGGUCUUAUUGUUGGCAGUGCUUUUGGACCUGUAAAAAUUCUCCCUGUCAAUCUCAAAGCCGUCAAAGGCUACUUCACUUUAAGGCAGCCUGUUGUCCUGUGGAAAGAAAUGGACCAAUUGCCUGUGCACAGUAUCAAAUGUGUGCCACUUUAUCAUCCUUACCAGAAAUGUAGCUGUAGCUUAGUAGUAGCAGCAAGAGGUUCCUAUGUGUUCUGGUGUCUUCUUCUGAUCUCAAAGGCAGGUCUGAAUGUUCAUAAUUCCCAUGUCACAGGCCUUCAUUCACUGCCCAUCGUCUCCAUGACUGCAGACAAGCAGAAUGGAACAGUGUACACCUGUUCUAGUGAUGGGAAGGUGAGGCAGUUGAUUCCUAUUUUCACAGAUGUUGCAUUGAAGUUUGAACACCAGCUGAUUAAACUCUCAGACGUAUUUGGCUCCGUGAGGACUCACGGCAUUGCAGUGAGUCCCUGUGGUGCUUAUCUGGCCAUCAUCACCACUGAAGGCAUGAUCAAUGGCCUCCAUCCUGUUAACAAGAACUACCAGGUCCAGUUCGUUACUCUCAAGACCUUUGAAGAGGCAGCUGCUCAGCUCUUGGAGUCUUCAGUUCAGAAUCUCUUUAAGCAGGUGGACUUGAUCGACCUAGUCCGGUGGAAAAUUUUAAAAGAUAAACACAUCCCUCAGUUUUUACAUGAAGCUUUGGAAAAAAAGAUUGAAAGCAGUGGAGUCACUUAUUUUUGGCGUUUUAAACUUUUCCUCCUAAGGAUUUUGUAUCAGUCAAUGCAGAAAUCCCCUUCAGAGGCCUUAUGGAAACCUACCCACGAGGACUCAAAAAUCUUACUGGUUGACUCACCUGGGAUGGGCGAUGGUGAGGAUGAACAGCAAGAAGAAGGCACUUCCAAGCAGGGGACCAAGGCUGGCCCGCAGGAGAGGAGCAAAGAGGGUGACACAGAGGAGCCCCCCGAAGACUCACUCACUGCCAUGGGAGACACUGGAGGUCGUGAACCCAUAGAGGAAAAGCUCCUUGAGAUCCAAGGGAAGAUUGAGGCUGUGGAGAUGCAUCUGACCAGGGAGCACAUGAAGCGGGUCCUCGGAGAAGUGUACCUGCACACCUGGAUCACAGAGAACACCAGCAUACCCACCAGGGGGCUCUGUAACUUUUUGAUGUCUGAUGAGUCCGAUGACAGAACAGCACGGGUCCUGAUUGGACAUAUCUCCAAGAAGAUGAAUAAGCAGACCUUUCCCGAGCACUGCAGUCUGUGUAAGGAGAUCUUGCCAUUCACGGAUCGCAAGCAGGCUGUUUGUUCCAAUGGGCACAUCUGGCUCCGGUGCUUUCUAACCUACCAGUCCUGCCAGAGCUUGAUAUACCGAAGGUGUUUGCUCCAUGACAGCAUUGCCCGGCACCCUGCUCCAGAAGAUCCCGACUGGAUUAAGAAGUUGCUGCAGAGCCCUUGCCCUUUCUGUGAUUCUCCUGUCUUCUGAGGGUCAGUGAGGAGGCUGGAGGAACAUGAACUCAGCUAUAGAAAGUACCCUGGAGCCUGAGGAGCAGGUGUGCUGGAGGGAUCCUGGCGCAGGACAGUGGAGAGACAUUCCUCUGACUGGAGAAUGGAGAUCAUCCCUGAGCUUAUUUCAACAGUGCACACACACUACCUUCAGGAACUGAAGGAUAUCUAAAUGCAGAGAGUUUGAGUCAUUGAGGUGAACAUUAGCCACCCCUAGCUCCUCACCAGUGAGGACCACUUACUUUUCAAGUGUCUUGCCUAAAGCAGUUUGAGUGGAAACCUGCUCCUUGAGCAGUAAUGGGCUCUUGUUGAGAAUCUGAGGACCUCACUGUGGGUUAGGUUUCAGCCUUGCUUUGGUCUGGAACUGCCUGUGGCUCCAGAGGACUCAAGUGGAUUGAUUGGUACUUGACACUCCUGUGCCAAUACAUCGUAAAGUGUCUAAAGCUGUGUGUGGUUAGUGUUUGCUCAGCAGACUCAUCGGCCCAUUGACUUCUUUCCAUGCACAUGGAAGACAUUUUCCUAAAACUAUAUUUUUGAAGCCAAGAAUAAAAUCAUUCGUAAUGUAUCAAAUAAUCAGGUGACUAUUAGAAGUUGAUAAUUGUCAUUUAUUUUUAUCUCCUGUGUCAUCAGAUUUCCUGACCCAGCUCCUUAGUAUGUCAAAAGAGAUUGAGUACCCCUUCCCUCAUCAGAGUCCUACUUCAUACCCAACUGUGUGACCUAGAUAUUGGUACAUAGAGGGAAAGUGUUUUCUUCUUGUAGUAUUAAAUUGAAGCUUCAGUAUUUUUAACAUUGACUUAUCCAGACAUCUCACUGAAUAUCUAGGGGAAGGUUGAUCUAGGGAUUUCUGGGGAGAGAUGGCAGCGAGGCAUUGGAGGUCCUUGAGCUCUGUGCUGCAAGCAUGUGCAGCUCAAGUGGACAAACCUGGGAAUUCCUUCUCCGGCCAGAGGUCCUUAAUAUUUGGAAUACAGGCAUUUUCUGUGGGCUUAAAGAGGAGGCACACACUAUUGGUUGACCAGACCUGAAAGCAUUCUAGAAUCACAGUCUUGGGUUUUUAAAUUAAGUUUCCUGGGAUUGGUGCUAAUGAACUGGACUGUAGUGCACAGUUUCUGAAAUUGUAUAUGUUUUUGGAAAGUACAGAACAUGAAAUGCUUUGCUCCUUCAUGAUCCUUUAUGCUUUAUUUUAACAUGCUUCCCCACUUUUAUUUUAUACCCGUAGUGAAAGACAUUCUGUCCUCACUUCAGAAAUAAUGUCUUGACUUGGGUACCAUAGUGAGAGAGAGACUACAUGCCAUCCUACCACACUUCCUGCCUCAAAAAAUAGCUCCACACUGCGGACAGACCCUAAGAAGCACUGCCAGAAGCUGCUCUGAAAUGUCCUAUUAAGAUUUUGCCCUGGGCCAUGUGUUUCAUGAAUUGUUUGCUGGGGUAUUUAAUGUCCUACUUGAGGUUGUAACAACAGCGUCUAUACAGACCUGAGGGGCAGCAAAGCAAGAUCCCCGACUGACCCAGUUCACACUAUACACGGCUGCAACAGCCUGCAACUGUCGCUCUUUACCGGAAACAUGGCAGAAGUGCAGAUGGUAUUGAGAGUUGUCCCCAGGCUGUCAACCACACAGGCCAAGCUUCCUGUCUCUUGCUCUUUGGAAUCAAGCUCACUAGGUGUUCUCACAGGGAAUUUGUGCUAAGAACCAUUUAAAACGUAACUGAUUGUUUAAAGCAGUUGUUCCGUUUUGAUAGAUUUUAACAAUUAGGAGUAAUGAAGGAAUUUCUAGGGUCUGCUUGUGUACAGGAAGAAGCAUGGCAACUGGAACACAGGUUCUCAGGAAGAGGCUCUGAAAUCCAGCACAGCCGAGUGUCUCCACAGCUAGUAGGGAUGCCUUGCUCCCCUCCAACACCCCCUCCCCGCCCCAGUCCCACCACACACCAGUGAUAGUCUUCAGAGCUGGGUGAACAAGAGAAUUUGGGAUUGAUGGCAGCCUCCUGCAUAGGACACUUCUGAAUUCUUCUCUAAAGGUGAGUAUAUAGGACCCUGGAGGAACCUUGGAUGGAAAGACCUUGAAGAAAUGGGAGGGACACCUGAGUCUUGUAGUCACCUCUUCUAGCUUGAACUUGCCUGUGCUGCUUGGUGGAAGAAUUAAGGCAGCUUUCGGCUGCAGCUGUGGGAGCUGUUUUAGCCUGGGAGGAUGAGUAGCCCUCGGAUUGUUGCCCUGCAGUUAAAAGGCUGGAGCAGACUACAGAGACCCCACAAGCUGGAACACUGCUGCGUAUCAGGUCUUCUCUGCCUGGGGUUAUUUGUUUCUGUUAUUUCAGGUAGGAAAUGGGCAGUUUGUUCUGGUUGGUAUUCAUGCUGAAGUCCUGAUAUGUUCAUCCCCAGACUUGAAGCUGUCUUUACCUACUACUAGACCUACCAGAAGCUGUCAUGAGCACCAGUGAAGUCUGUGGUCAGGUGUAAGUUUCCUGCUUGCCCUCUGGGCUCUAGCAAGUUUUUAAGAACAUCUAUGUAGAAGUAGGAGGCUAGACCCAGCAAUAAGCAUAGCAAGUUAAUUGAAUUGGGAAAGUUUUAUUUUUUCCUUGUUUGUUUUUUCUGUUUUUUUGAGAC